AUGAAUGCGAGGACGUUGAUAGAGAAACAAGUUCCUAAAGAGGUGUCAAAGCCAGCAAAAUUUGGUAUGUUUGGAGGGAAGUUUGUGCCUGAGAUCCUAAUCGCUAGUUUGAGCAAGAUUGAAGCUGAAUUCAUUUAUGCUUUACAGGAUACUGAGUUUCAGGAGGAGCUUGCAACCGCCUUGAGAGACUACGUAGGGAGGGAGACACCUCUAUAUUUUGCUCAAGGCUUGACGAACUACUACAAGAACAAGGAUGGAGAAGGACCAGAAAUUUACCUGAAGAGGGAAGAUCUGAACCAUUGUGGAGCACACAAGAUGAACAACGCAAUUGGGCAGGCAAUGAUUGCCAAACGCAUGGGCUUGAAGAGUGUUGUGGCAGCUACUGGGGCUGGACAACAUGGUGUUGCAACUGCAGCUGCUUGUGCCAAGCUGUCUUUGUCUUGCACUAUCUUCAUGGGCUCUGCUGACAUGGAAAAACAAUCCUCAAACGUACUGUUGAUGAAGCUAUUUGGAGCUCAGGUUAAACCUGUGGAAGGAAAUUUCAAAGAAGCAAGCUCAGAAGCAAUCCGAGAAUGGGUGGGUAACUUAGACACAAGCUACUACUUGACCGGCACCGUCGUGGGGCCUCAUCCAUGUCCAAGCAUGGUUUGUGAAUUUCAGUCUGUGAUAGGAAAGGAGACAAGGAGGCAAGCAAUGGAGAUAUGGGGUGGCAAGCCAGAUGUGUUGAUUGCUUGUAUAGGGAGUGGGUCUAAUGCGUUGGGGUUGUUCCAUGAAUUCAUAGAAGAUGAAGAUGUGAGGUUAAUAGGAGUUGAGGCUGCAGGAUUUGGCUUAGAUAGCGGGAAACAUGCUGCAACUCUGAGUAAAGGAGAAGUUGGGAUCUAUCAUGGAGCCAUGACCUAUUUGUUGCAAGAUGAGGAAGGACAAAUAAUACGACCACACUCAAUUGGUGUGGGGCUGGAAUACCCUGGGGUUGGCCCAGUACUGAGCUUUCUUAAGGACACAGGACGUGCUGAGUUCUAUUCUGCCACAGAUAAAGAAGCUGUAGAAGGUAUGUACAAGAUCAAUUAUAUGAAUAACUAUGUGAAGCUAUUUAAUUUUGCGCAAAAUUUAGCUCCCUGUUUAUUGUUUGCAGGAUACCUAAGGCUAUGCAGAUUAGAAGGCAUAAUUCCAGCAUUGGAGGCAUCUCAUGCACUGGCAUACCUAGAGAAACUUUGUCCUACUUUACCGAAUGGCACCAAAGUCAUAGUAAAUUGUAGUGGUCGUGGAGAUAAAGAUGCAGCAACGGUCUGUAACUACAAAUGGGGCACUGGAUCUAAUUAA